GGACUUCGCUCCUGUGGUCGCUCUGCUCCUCUUUGGAGCUCCCGCACAUGAGUGUCAUGAUGGUGGUUCUGCAAUGGGACGUGCCGCUGGAUAAGGCAUGAACGAACGAAUCACUCUGUCAUUCUCUCGAGUCACACGAGUGUGCUUGCGUGUCAACCAAUGUCAUAGAUAUUCUACGGUGUAUGUAUGAUAUUCUGUCUGCUUACCGGUACUACGGAGGUAAGUCGCGGUCAUCUAUCCAAAGGGCAGGCGGCUGAGUGCUGAGAUACUCCAGCAGCCUUCUCUCUCUUUCUCUCUCUCUCUCCUGUGUGUCAGUUGGAGGCCAUCCUGGCCCAGAACGAAAGACGACUGGUAACCCAGAGUCAACCACGCACCCCGACCACCACCAACCCAUGUGUGCGUUGACGGCGCAUGAUUCGGGCUCUCUCCUGCUCAACCUCAAUCUCGUGUUGCACAGCCGCGGCACCACUGCACGCAUUCAAUGCAGGCAAAAAAAAAACACACACACACACACAUGGACGCCGAUCAGGCUCUUGGUUUGUCGAUUUGGUGUGGUCGUACUGGUACCCGGGUGGGCUGGGUGACUUCGCCCUCGGCACCCACAUCGCCAUACGGCUGCAUGGAUGUCGAGACACAGCAGUCAUUGCACAUGUGCCAAUGUCUUUGUCUCCGUAUCUCUGCCUCCCUUCUUCUCCCUCCCUCCCUCCCUCCCUGCCUCUCUCUUUGCCUACUUGAGUUGCCUGGAGUGGCGCGGGGGACCACCAAUCGUGGAGAGAAUGGGGCCAUCCAUCCAUACAGGCAGGAUUUCCUGUCCCCUCCGGCUAUAGCAUAUCUCACCCGUACGAGGACGGGUAUGAGGGUCGCGCGCUUGCGUAUGCGCUCACGGACGCAGGUGACGGUGUGCUGAGGGCAAACCUGCGCACAUUCAGACACAGAAAGAGCCAUGCAUCCGACACACACCGUCUCGUCUUUCUCUGUACUCGUUGGCUGAUUUCUUGUUCGUGGUCGUUGGGUACGUGCAGCUCUUCUGCUUGUUCUUCUUGCGGGUCACGGGAAUGAGCGGGUCGCCGUUGUCCUCAUCUGCCUCAUCCACAGGUGGCUCAAAGACGUCACACCACAACACACUGCCAAAUUCACAGAGACAGACGAGGAACGUGCAGCAGCACGAGCCGGCAGCGAUCGGCCUCACCUGGACUGGUCGGCAGAUGGAGACAGAAAACGUGCGGCCGGAGUGUUCCCCUUCACCUCUUCAUUCUCAUCGUCAGACCUGACACACAAUCUGCCUUUCGCCCAUCCAUCCACCUACCCACCGUGCUGGUGUUUCGGCGGCAGGGGAUCACUUGCGCGCGGCCGCCCUCUCCGUCUUGGCCCUGAGCUUGCGCACCGCCUCCAUCGCUCUCGUCUCCUCCUCCUGCCUGCGCGCCUUGUUCGCCUCCUCCUCUCUGAUCAGCUCAGCCAUGAUGCGAUCCGCCUUGGCUGCCCGGUCCCGGAGUGGUUGAGUGCAGGGGCGCCUGUGAGAGACUUGACGGUCGGCAGCGGGAGGCUGGACCUGUGAGACAGGCAUGGUGCGGCUGUUUGACCCAUCGUGGUUUGACCCAUCGUGGUGGCGUACGUGUGCGCGGAGGCUCGGUAGCAUCUGCAUCCAUCCACGAUACAAACAACAAAAAGAGCAACGAAUGGGAGCCGACGUACAGUCCGGACCGCGUAAGUGGGUCACCGCAUAAGCGGGUCAGUUGCGUAUGUGGGUCAGCCCUGUACUGACCCACUUACGCGGUCCGGACUGUAGUACUGCCAGCCAUUCUGUCUCGGGUCGAUUCGUGUAUCUUGUGUGCCAGAU